UCAACAGUCCCUCUCAGCUGAUCGUACCCAAGUUCAUGAUUGUUUUCAAUUGUUUUGUUUACAUCAAUCCACCCUUUACUUACCUAAUAAUUCCCGUCGAAUGUCCACUGGCUGUCAACGAUUAACGACAGUCCUAAAACCCUUUAAGAAGAGUAAGUUUUCCUUUGUGAAGAUGAAACACACUAUUGUUGCUUCCAAUACUGGAGCUACUCCAGCGAGAAAAAGACACUGGCGAGAGGGUUUGUUAGAAACUAUGGAAAACCCAGAAUCCAUAGUAAAAGAAGACGACCAGGUGACAGUUAUUAAGGACAAAUAUCCCAAGUCGCGUCAUCACUAUCUCGUUCUUCCGAAAGAUGAUAUCCACUCAAUAAAAAAAUUAACCAAAGAGCACGAAAAUCUCUUAACACAUAUGGAAAAAAUUGGUCAAGAAGUCGCAGAUCAACAUCAGGAUUACGAAUUCAUCCUCGGAUAUCAUGCUGUCCCGAGCAUGGCUCGGUUACACUUGCAUGUUAUAAGUACCGAUUUCGAUAGUCCCUGUUUGAAAAACAAAUAUCACUGGAAUUCUUUCACAACGCCUUUCUUCCGACCUUCACAAAGUAUUCGAGAGGAACUCAGGGAUCUUGGUUAUAUCAAACAAAUGAGUAGCAGCGAGAGCGAAAAGUACUUGAAAAAAGACUUGAUAUGUCACAAAUGUUCAUAUCGACCAAAAAAUCUGCCAGAUCUCAAGAAACAUUUGGUAGAGCAUAUAAAUGUAAACUAAUCAUAAGUUCAAUCCAAAAAAAAAGAUCUUAAUUAGGAUAAUAAAGAACAUUUAUUUAA